CGAGUCAGAGGACGAAGGCCAGCCCAGCAGCAGUCAACUUAAGGACUUCAGUGCGGUGCAGGACGCACUCAUCUGGAGGACCAUCCAGCAGCAUGGUGAUUCUGGGACUGUCAUUGAGCAUCUCGCUUCCUCCCUCAAUGCUCAGGCAGAGCAGGUUCACAUGCGUCACACAGAGCUGAAGGCGCAGUACCAAGAGAUUCAGUCCUUACUUGAGAAGCAGAGGAAGAAGGAUGGGGUUGCUGAGGAGGAGGAGAAGAGAGGGAAUGAGCGCGACAGGGUGCUGGAGGGGGCAGGACCACGAGGGGCACCACCAGGCUCAAACCUGAGCCGCUCAGAUGGAGUGUGCGAGGGCACACGGCAGGUGCUUCUUGGGCAGUUUGAGGACCUGGAAGGUGCUAUGGACUCAUGGGACCACCUCUUCUGCCGCCGAUGCCUCAUCUUUGAUUGCAAGACACACGGAACCGUUGACGAGCCAGUGGUGCCUACGGACCAGCAACCCCCACUGGAGUCAACAGACUCUGGCAAGUCGGCCAUGCCUGCUCAGCCGUGCGGUCCCCUUUGCUUCAUGCAUGUGCCUGCCCUUGUGGCGAUGAAGCUGGUACGAAUGCAAGCAGCAGAGAAGAAAGCAGCGAAAACCACCUUCAAGGCAAAAGGCAAGAAAAAGGGGAAGCAGGUUUGUGGUUUUGUGAAACGAGAGGAUGAGGAGGAGGAGGUGGAGGAGGAAGAGGAGGAAGUGGAGUUAUCAGACAGUGUCGGGGAGGAGAGUGAUGAGGAGGAAGAGGGGGAGGAGAGUGAGGAGGAGAAUGGGGAAGAGGAAGCGGAGACAAUGGAGGAAGAGAAGGGUGAAGAGGAGGAGAAGGAGGGAGGCAAGGAGGGAAGGUGUGUGAAGGAAGAGGAGAUGGAGGAGGUGGAGGAGGAACAAGAGUGGGAAAAGGAGGAAGAGAGAAAGGAGGCAGGGGCUGGGGAGGGAAGUAGGCGGGGCGUGGGAGAGGUGGUAAGAGGGGGAGCGGAAGAGGGAAGGGAGGGAUGGCGAGGAGAGGAGGAAGUGGAAGGGGAAGAGGACUCUGAAGAGGAGGGUAAUAUGAGUGAUGGGGAGGCUUGUAAGGAGGAUGAGGCGGAAAGAGGUGAUGUAAGGAUGACUGCCGAUGUGGAAGGGGAUGGGGAUAGGAGUUCAGAAGAGCAGUCGCAGGAGGAAAGAAAAUCGAAUGAGGAGAAGCAGCAGCAGCAGGAGCAGCAGUGCGAUGAGCAGGAGUGGAGUGCGGUGGAGAGGGAGCUACUGAGCAAGGGCGUGCGGAUAUUCGGCGCGAGCAGCUGUGUGCUGGCGCGCACAGUGCUUGCUCACCUCAAGACGUGCUCCCAGAUCGCGCACUGCUUGUUGGGGCAGGAGGGGGGAGACCUGCAUGAAGAAACACCCACGCCGAUGGGUCGCCACCGCCGCCGCACUUCCAAGGCCAGGAGGCGGCUGGUGCAGGCGCAGUGGGGGUUCAACAAGGGGCGGCGGAAGGGAGUGGCAGGGCAGGCCGUGGUGGUGCAGAGGCUGAAAGCAGAGGCGUCCAAAGAGCGUCAGUACGAGCCCUGCAGCUGCAAGGGGCCUUGCGCCAAGGCCACCUGCGAAUGCAUCAUGAGGGGGUGCUUCUGCGAGAAAUACUGCGGGUGCGCCCAGGCAUGCAAGAACCGCUUCCGGGGCUGCAACUGUGCCAAGAGCCACUGCUCGUCGCGCCUCUGCCCCUGCUUUGCUGCGUCUAGGGAGUGCGACCCUGACCUGUGCCGCAACUGCUGGGUCGACUGUGGGGAUAACCGGGAGGGAGCAGUGCUGCCGCUGCCACCGCCUGUGAGAGAGCGAAAUUACCAUUGCCACAACAUGCGGCUGCUGCUGCGUCAGCACCAGCACAUUCUCCUGGGCCCCUCGGAUGUGGCUGGUUGGGGUGCCUUUCUCAAGAAGGAGGUGUCGAAGAACGACUAUGUGGGGGAGUACACGGGCGAGCUCAUAUCGGAGGCGGAGGCGGAGAGGAGGGGAAAGAUCUACGACCGAAUCAACUGCUCCUUCCUGUUCGAUCUCAACAAAAAGUAUGUCCUGGAUGCGUUUCGCAGAGGCAACAAGCUGAAGUUCGCCAACCAUUCACUCUCGCCAAAUUGCCAUGCAAGGGUCAUUAUGUCUGCUGGUGAUCAUCGAGUGGCGAUAUUUGCUGGAGAAAGAAUCGAACCUGGGACAGAACUGUUUUACGACUAUGGGUACGCAUCUAAUUUGAUAGGCGCGCGCAUGGGGGCAUCUCAUCCCCGCGGAUGCUCCGCCAGGAGCUUCGGUGCUAGUAGGAGAUUCGCGAUGGUUUCCGCCAUUAGCGCGCGGAAGCGCCUCCCGCCAAGUUCUCCUUCCGCCCAUCCCCCACGAAUUUUUUCCCCCGCUUCCGCCCUCGCUUCCGCCCGCGCUUCCGCCGCCACGCCCUUCACCUCGAUAAUGUCCGCGAUACUGUUGUCCUCGUUACUGUUCGCCGCGUUACUAGUCACUCCAGCGGUAGCCCAGGGGGCAGAUGCGGCCUCCCCUGGCUGUACCGUCUCCGCGUCGGCGGUAUCCUGCCCCGCGGGAUUCACGGGCGGCGCAUUCGCGCUCAACGCGCAAGCGUACAUCGCGGGCGCAGGCCGAGAAAAUGCGCUCGUCCUGGGCGCGGGCGGAACCGCGGAUAAGGGAUCCGCGGGUUCCGCAUUCACUACCGCCGCGCUCUCGCCUCCGCUCGGCGGCGGAGGCUCCUUUUCGGCGCGCUUCACGUUCCAGCUGGAGGGGCAGAACGAGGCUGACGUGGCAACGGGGCUUGCUUUCGUCAUCAUUGGCGGAACCAACACCGCCGUCGGAUCGCCCAUGUGA